AUUAAAUGUCAAAACUAGAGUAUACCAGAAUACAUUUUUAAGAAUGUGUUAACAAAAUUUAACUUAGCUUUCAAUAUUGCCUGGCGUAUCACUCAUAUACAUACACACAGCUAUAAAUAAAAUAAAAAUCGAUUUUAUAGAUCGAAACAAAAAUAAUCAUCCACAGGGAUAAAAAAACUAUUUAGCACAAUCUUUUAAAAUGAGCCAAUCUAUUGAGCGCAAGACCCUGAUUCAGGAAAAGAGAAAACUUAUGGAGGACAAGAGGAUGAGCAUGGGAAUGAAGUCCUUCUGCGCUUCUUUUGUGGGGACCCAUUUUCGACUGAGUGACGAGGAGCACUAUUCUUUCUCAGCCAUGAUAAAGCGCCAUAAUGCCGAUAAGGUAUUUGUUGAUGCUAAUUAUAAGGACAUAGAGGUAGUGCAAUAUGAGCCCAUAUAUCAAACUGUAUUUGAUGACGACAGGGACCCUGUGCUUGAACCUACUUUUUCAAAGCACCGUAUACCUCUGCAAAUACGAUGUCUGGAGCGGUAUCACAGUUCCAAGCGGGAGUACGCCCAGCAGUUCAAGCGGGAAAUAAAACUCCUGAUCGAAAAUCAGUCUACGGCCGAGAGUGCCUGGCAAUUUGUUAGGACCAUGGCGUAUACAACUCUUUGGCCGCCGCUUCAUACAAGAAAAGAGCUGAAGAUUUUUGAAAAGGACUUUUGCAAACUUUCUUCUACUGAGCAGCGUCGGUACAAUAAAAUAAUGGCGACAAAUUUUACAUGAACUCUAUUAAGUAAAACAUUUAAACUAUGUAAAACCAAUUAAAACAUAAAAAUUAAAAAAA